CAUGUUACUCUUCGGUAUUUUUCAUCCAUGAAUGUAGAAAUCAUUAAGAAAAAAAAAGACAUUCCAAAGUUACUUAAAGCUCUCUCUUGAACUUUUUCUUUUGGUUUGGCUUUUGUUUUUAGUCCUUAUCUCAUAUCUCUCUCUCUCCCUCUUAAACUUUUAUUUUUAUUUUUUCUUUGUAUUUCUGAAAAUCUCCAAACACUCCAUGUGCUCCACCUUCCAUACCUCUUGUUCUUGUUGCCCUUUGGCUCCAAAAGAAUCUAUCUUUUCCUAUGUGAGAGAGAGAGGAGAGAGACAGGCAGACGUGCAGUUCCAAUCAUGUAGGUUCUUCUGCCACUGCAUGUGCAUCAAUGGCUUCGGCCCACUUCAUAUUAUUCUACACUUCUUCCUCAGCUACUCUUUGAACUAGUCUCUUUUAACAUUUUUAUAUAUCAUAUAUUAUAUAUAUUGUCCUGUAUAUAUGUGUGUACGCAAAACAAAUACACAAAUAUAAUACACUCUUUAUCCCAAUCCCGAUCAUCACCUGUAUCUAAAAAGUACGGACAUCCGAAACUAAGAACACUGUUACCAGAUGCCACAAAAGAUGAGCAGUAGUACCGUAACACCUUGCAGCCGAUCAUGGUCCAUAAGUGAGGACUCGUUGAAAAGAUACGUUCACUUUGCGAGUGAGAGCUGCAUACAAGAGUUGCUUUCUGCUUCCGACUCGAACAGAGUUGUCGGGAUCAAUGGCGCCACUGGCAGCGAUGGAUGGAAGGUUCUUACGGUCGAGAAUGGAGUUGAGAUAUCUAAGCGCCGGUCUGGAUCUCUUCAUGCCUUUCGCAGCCGUUGGCUGCUUAAAUCUCUUUCACCUCAGCAGUUCAUCACUGUUGCAAACGCCAUUGAUGCUGCAAAGCAAUGGGACUCUGACUUGGUAGAAGCCAAGUACAUUAAGGACCUGGAAGAAAACUUAAGCAUAAUUCGUCUCAGGUUUGGUGAUAGUGCUAAGCCACUGUUUAGAAACAGAGAAUUCAUUGUGUACGAACGACGUGAAACCAUGGAAGAUGGCACCGUGGUGGUGGCAGUUGCGUCGCUGCCGAAGGAGAUAGCGGCAGGGUUGCAACCAAAGCAAAACAAUGCAAUCAGGGGACUGUUGCUGCAGUCAGGGUGGGUUGUGGAGCAGCUUGAAGGUGAUGACUCUUGCAUGGUCACCUAUGUUGUACAGCUAGAUCCAGCAGGAUGGCUUCCCAAGUGCUUUGUCAAUCGGUUAAACAACAAACUGGUUAUGAUAAUUGAGAAUCUUAGGAAAUUGGCACAAGCUACUCUGCCCAAUUAAAUAUCAAUUAAGCUCUUAUGUUAUAAAUUCCUGAUGCUACAAAAAAAAAUAUAUGAAGUGGUUAAUAUAUUCUUAAAGUGAGUAUACCAAUUAUAAGUUUUUUUUUUUUUUUUUUUUUUUUCAGUAGAGUUAGAAAAUGUCAUAAGGUUUUGGUUUUUAACCAAAUUAAUGAUAUGGUUUGAUAAAUGACACACAUAUCUAUAUAUGAUGUGGAAACUGUCUCUCCUCUGAGGGCCAAGUGAUACCAACUGUAAAUUACACGAAAUCUUUGUUAUUUUUCAAUGUCGAAACUAGCUCCUUUUUUUUCUUCAAGUAAA